AGAAAAACACAGCACCAGUUUAAGAGCUCUCUUAUCGUUCUCUCCAGCCUCCCACAGAAAAAUAUUUACUUGGAAGACUAUAUUGAGCUUCGUUCCAUUAGCCACUGAUCAAUAAGUUAUAAGUACAAAUGUCUGACCAUGUUAUUGGAAAGAGUUGUGUUGCUGGGUAUGAAUCUGUUUGGUUGAGUCGUUGGAUUCGGAGAGGUAGUGCAUACGGGUUAAAGGCUCAUAGUAACCGCGAUGCCAAGUGUUCUAUGAAGACACACUUGCCAGAUGAUGAUGGUCAGCUAUGGAAGGAAUCAACAGGUUCCAUAAAACUUAAGGCAAAAACGUUGAAUAGGUCUCUUGAUCUAUUUCCUAAUCUUGGUUUCCGCUCAAAGGAUAAGGAAACGGAUGAAGAUUUCACCAAGAACCAAUCAUCUACUGAGACUGAUUCUUUGCAGACAGAUAAACUGCCUCUAUCUGGCUCCAAUUCUUCAAAGGGCUUGAGAAUUUUGCAGGGCAAAGAAAGGGUCGAGAUAAUACCUGACAUUAACAAGGAACCUCUUAUAGUUGCGGAUAAGGAAGGAGAAACAAGCAGUUCAGCUACUCAAAGAAUGGAUGUUGAACACUUCGUCAACAACACCAUAUUACCUAAAGAGUGCAAGCGUUUACGUUUGACUGACACCAACUGUAGAUCACAAGUCAAACGUCUGAAGACAAACGCCUCGGAGAAUGAAACCAAUAGCAUGAUGGUUGUAGAAGAAGGCCCAUCCGUGGAGAAAAUGAACUACUUCUUUCGCAGAAUCUUUAAACACGGAUCAGGAAGAAAUCAAGAAUCUUCCACAUCACGUAACAGGAAUCUGACUAUGGGAGGAGAAAGAGAAGACGUGAAGGCUCUGCACCCAUGGAUUCAGAGAUGGUGCAAGAAAAAGUCUACAGAGACUCAUGAGAGAAGAGGAGGGCAACAAGUUAACCCAAAGAGCUUUGCGCUACAGAAGCAGUUUCCAAGAAUCGCAGCAAUGGCAUUGAUGGGGAAGGCUCUGAGAAGGUUUAAACCCGAGUGGUCUUAGAAAAGCCAACUCCCUGUCAUACCAAUCUAGCUGGUGUCAGAAACACAAUACAAAACCUGAAUCUACUUCAAAUAAACUCAGGAAGUGUGUCUGAAAAAGCAAUAAGUCUCAGCUCUCGUUAUUUUCUGUAACACGUAAUAGUAAACUUCCAUAAUUUUGCUUCGAUAAAAUUAUUAUUUUUCUCCA